AAAAACUUUCCUGGUGUAAGUUUCAUCCUUUGAGUGUGAAAUCAUGGCCAGUGUCAAGAAAAUUGAAAGGAAGGUAUGUGUGAUAGGUGGAACCGGAUUUAUUGCCUCUUGCUUGAUAAAGCAAUUGCUUCAGAAGGGUUAUGCUGUCAACACCACUGUCAGAGAUUCAGAUAAUACUAAGAAAAUAAAUCACCUUUUAGCUCUGCAAAGUUUGGGCGAACUGAACAUAUUUGGAGCAGAUUUAACAAGUGAAAAGGAUUUUGAUGCCCCUAUAGCAGGCUGUGAACUUGUCUUUCAGCUUGCUACGCCUGUGAACUUUGCUUCUGAAGACCCUGAGAACGACAUGAUCAAGCCUGCAAUAUCAGGAGUGUUGAAUGUGUUGAAAGCAUGUGCUCGAGCAGAAGGUGUCAAACGAGUCAUCUUAACAUCUUCAACAGCUGCUGUAACCAUAAACCCUGUCAAGGAGACAGGUCUGGUUAUGGACGAAAGCAACUGGACUGAUGUUGAGUUCUUGAGCACUGCAAAACCACCCACAUGGGGUUAUCCUGUCUCCAAAGCACUGGCAGAGAAAGCUGCAUGGAAAUUUGCUGAAGAGAAUCACAUGGAUCUCAUCACUGUGAUACCAACUCUCACAAAUGGACCUUCUCUCACUCCAGACAUCCCAUCAAGUGUUGGCCUAGCCACAUCUCUCAUAACAGGCAAUGAUUUCCUCAUAAACACCUUGAAAGGAAUGCAGUUUAUAUCAGGUUCAAUAUCCAUCACUCAUGUGGAGGAUAUUUGCCGAGCACAUAUAUUUGUGGCUGAGAAAGAAUCAGCUUCUGGUCGUUACAUUGUCUCUGCUCACAAUACUAGUGUUCCUGAGCUUGCAAAGUUUCUUAGCACACGUUACCCUCAGUACAAAGUUCCAACUGAAUUUGAUGAUUGUCCCUCCAAGGCAAAGCUAAUAAUCUCUUCUGAAAAGCUUGUGAAAGAAGGAUUCAAUUUCAAGUAUGGGAUUGAAGAAAUUUAUGAUCAGACUUUGGAGUACUUAAAGAGCAAAGGGGCUCUCAAGAACUGAAUUCGGAAAUUGUUGUGCUUGUUAUGAGUAGCAGUUUGCCAAUAAUAAUUAUAAUAAUAACCAAACUCUCCGCUACUUAAUUACCACCUUGUUAAAUUACAAGCUAUGAUAAGUGUUAUUAGAUUCAAUAUCGUUUGGCUUGUGUUCAAUGCCGUUCGGUCACUAACUAUGUUCGGCUUUCAUCUGUUAGUGACCGGUCGAUCGUGUACAUAUGUUGUGUUAAGUUUUCAGUUUGGCCUUAAACUGUCCUUCGACCUUUAAAUGUUGUUUUCAGUUCUUCUGCCUUAAACUGUCUAUUACAAUUGCUUUGUUCGGCUAUAUAGCCUGUCUUUGUGUAAUUUGAAAUGGUGUAAGCUGAGUAUUUUUGCUCUCUUGUUUUUA